AAAAGUGCGCAAUUAAACACAUUUUUAAACAUGUAUUGUUGUUUUUUUCACUAAAUAGCUGUAUUUAUUUUUUAAGCAGCACGCACAUUUCCCACUUUUAGCCUAAUAAUAGAUAGACCUACACUAUGUGGCUUUUCCGCCAUUAUUAUCACGAGAAUUCAUGUAAGCAGAACAUAGUGAGUCUACAAGCCAUUGCAGGUUUUAAAUAUUUGUGUUUUUUUGUGGAAAAGUCUUCAACUUAAUUUUAAAAAAUAAGACUUUCAGUUUACCCAUAUAACUAUAAUCGUCGGCCUACACCUCUUUAAUUUGUGUAAAUUUCAAUAAAGAUCUCCAAUAUUCUGUUCACAUAAGAUUAUUUUAUGUAGAUAGUGAUUUUUUUUUAAAACACUAUCCUAAAUUUCCUGACUCAUAAAUAACCAGAUUUAGUUAAGCAUGAGAAAUUUUGCUUGCAGCUUGGCAAAAACAGACUCAGCCAUCAAUAAAACAGAGUAAAAUAAAGAAAACGAAAACAAUAUAAUAGAUAUUUUAAUUUCAUGUUAAUAAUUUAAUUGCAGGAGUACAAAUUAAAUCACAUUUAUGUCAAAAUAUUUGAGAGUUAACCUGUAAAUAGCGUAUAGCGUAGCAAUAUAUGACAGCUACUGGUUAAACCUCUCCGUUGUUGGUGGGAGGACAUAUUGAUUGACUUACUGAUCCAUGUUGUUAUAGUCACUUGAAUUUCUUUUCUCCCCACACUGGCUCCAGACAACAAAUCCUUGCUUCCCAGCGGCAUCCUCUGCACAGAAUGACAGCAUGUCUUUCAGGGAGGCGGAGGAGGGGAUGGUGUGACUCGGCGGUGAAGAGUCUUUCCUCUAAUCAGGCACUGAAGCCCCUGGUUCCCACACUCUGCCUGGCGGUCGUUGUGCUAUACAGCCUGGCGGACAAACUCCGAAACUUCGUGGCUUGCAUCUUCAUCCCUCAGUAUCAUUACCCGUACGCUGUGGCUCUCUGCUUUGCCCAGGUUCUGAUCUCCUUGUUAGUCCUUAAUCUCCUCCAUGUCCUGGGUCUGGUGCCUCUGAAGCAUUACUCCAGGUCCCUGGGUGAGAGGGUGCUGGUGCCUGCUAUCUGUAACAGCAUCCAUGCUGUGUUGGCCAUGUGGGCCAAAGCCAGCAGCUCGUAUGCCGGCCUCUUCCCCCUCACGCUACUUCUGCUGCCCCUGUUAACGGUUGGCUUUAGUUUGGCCCUGAAGCUGGCAUUGAUGCCAUCCAUCCACAUGUCUGGUGUGAUUUCCAUCCUGAGUGGAACAUCUAUCGUCAUCACAGCCUCCAAGGGUCUGUCUGGUGUUGAACCUCUGGAGUACAUGUACGCACCUCUGGCCUUGGUCCUCCACAGUCUCUCUCUGACCUGGCUGGCUAAAGUGUCUGAGGCUGAGCGCUGCCGCUCCCCUGAUGCCCAAGCGUCCGUUUUUGACAUCUACUACACCCAGCUGGUCAACCAGAGCUGGGUGCUGGGCCUCCUGUGGCUGUUGCACCCGGACAGUCCCUGGCAGUUGUUGAGUCAGGGCAGCUGGCACAGCCUGCUCUUCCAUGGAUACCUGCUUGCUCUUCUCCUACUGGGGAUGGUAUUGAACUUCCUAGUUGGUAUAUCAGCUCUGUGUGUCUCACCUCUUUCUGCUGCACUGCUCCACUCAGCAAGGCAGGUGGUGCAGCCGUUCUUCCAGCUUCUGGAGUUUCACUUGAAAGGACUGUACCAGUGAGACAUGCAAUCCACAUCAUUGACGACAGUGUUUUUUUUUAAAUUCUAUGGAGAAUAACAAGGUACCUUUCGACUUUCUUCCUUUCACGGUCUCGUGAGCUGUGCUACUGAGUCCCAUACAUAGCAUUUUCAGCUAAGAGAAAAUACAGAAUGUCAGCAGAGAAGCAGCACGCAUUUAGUGACCAUGACAGCAUAUUACAAACAUAUAUCAAGCUAAUGAUUGACACUUGGGUCCAAAACUCUAAACGAGAAAGACCAGUUAUUAUCUUAAUGCUGGAGGAGUAAAGUAACUGGGCACCAGCGUCUGUACAGGACAGGACACAGUGUAACCAAAACAUUUUCAGACCACGCCACCUAAACAAAGAUUGCACUCUUCCAGCUGGGUAAAGAACGUUAGUUUUAGCCAGAGCGUGGCUUUAAUGGGACAGGAGCAGUCUCAAAACUAGCUCUUUUACAAUGGAACAAGUACAAAGAAACAGCAUGGGUCAAACAAUAUAAAUUUUCUUUUAGAGCUGAAGGUGUUACUGUAACAAAUAACAUUAAGCACCUUUUUUUCUAAUGUAUAUUCAUGAAAAACUGAGUACAUUUGAGAACUGUGUUUAUCAGACAAUAAUUCUAUACGUUAUCCAAUUAAAAUGAUAACUCUUGAUAGUGAACACAGACUUUCAGACCCUAUUGUAUACGUGACAGAAUUUACUUAACAGUUUUCAUGAGAUGUAAACUCCCAUGGUUCACUGAAUUAGAUUUCAACCAGAGCUCUGUGGAAGUUGCCCUUGAAUGACUCUGACAGCUUUUUUUCAGAGGAGAAGGGAUAACACUGAGGUCCAGGUCGUUUGUACUGGACACAGACAGUUGAACCCACUUUAUUACAUUUGCCUAAAAGCGUUACAAAUAUUUAAACCCAGAUCCUUGUCUAAAUGAAUUUUUAACCAGAGCAAGUUUCCCUUGAAUUAAUUUGACUGCUAAGGUAUGUCGGAUGAGAAGGGGACAUGAUGAGGAAAGAGUUAAAUGGUGCUGACACCGAUUUCUUUGCGUCUACUGUAAGUUAUCAUCAGAAGCUAAAUUAUGUCUUGAUUUAAGAAUAAGCUAUGAAUAUUCAACUUUUUCAAAUAUGUACUGUAUAUUAUUACAUUUAAAAACAGCGGUAAACAUUUCAUCAUUUCAAACGCUUAGAAAAAUAAUGUGGAUCAUGUUGAGCCGAGUUGAUGGUGCACCAAAGAGAAUCUGAAUAUAUUUAAUAAACUGAAAUGACACUAAAAUAGGUUUAUCUGCAAAAAUAUUUAUUGUUUCUGACAACAAAAUGUAAGUGCUGU